UCCAAUGCAAGUGCAAGUGUAUGUCAUGGUUGUUACAUACCUUGGUUGUUGCACAACUAUAGCGCAAUAACAACCAUGAUCAUUUGCGAUUAUGUUGUCGGCGUCAUCGGUGUGUGUAAUCUUCGGAAGUGAAAGAGCUUUUCGUGUUUUGUGGAUGGUAAUUGAGCACAGGUAACCCAGCCAGCGAGGUUCACACUGACCUUCAGUCCAAUUUUUUGUUUGAAUUACGCUUGUUGUCGCACAUAUUGUUAACUUAUUCUGUCCAUACGAGCGUUAUGCCGAUCUAUCAUUAUGAAUAGCAAGAGUGUCAGUAGUAAUCGCACACCACCAAGCACUGAAGGCUGCGUGACGCAAGGCAAAUUCCCCCUGAAAAGACUCGAAGUUGUAAUACACAGAAUCAUCGGCGUCGCAAUCCCACUACAUUUGGAUAUCCUUUCCAAACAAAAAGAAAAUAUUCACAAGCACCAGCAACAAAGACAAUGGGACAAACUUCAUAUGGAGCAACUCAAUGCUUCGCGCACAGUACAACAACUGAAGGCUGAUCUUCACGAAUUAGAUAAUGUGAGAAACCAGGUCUGCGCAGCAGAUAUUAUGGCUUUUGAGCGGCAAGUCUUACCAGUGCAGAAUGAUGUUCUCCAGAGGACUCUGUCAUUUACAGAGAUGUACUUGAAGCUCCGAACUGACGGGGUGGUAUUUCAGACUCAAGCCACUGAUAUCGAUGAUAUCCCAUUAGAGGAAUGCAAGGCAGAUGAACCAGAACCGCAAUAUAGUAUAUUGGCUGAUGAGAUUCCAACCAAUACAGCUGCAUUCAAAUCAUGGACUACACUACAUAAAGAUCUGAUCGACCUCAAUGCAAUGGUUCAUGCCUUCAGUCGUCUAGUGUUUGAGCAAAAAGAAAAUGUUGAGAGCAUAGCGGACCAUAUCACACAAGCAGAGGAGAAUGUUGUGGCUGGGACAAAAAGCUUAGGAAAAGCAGCUAAGCUACAAAAGGCUGUCUUGCCUGUUGCUGGUGCUCUUCUUGGAGUGGCUGUUGGAGGGCCGGUUGGCCUAGCUAUUGGAGUCAAGAUGGGACUUGCUUGUGCUCUUGGUGGGAGCCUUUUAGGCUUUACAGGUGGCAAAGCACUACAAUACAGACAGUCCAAAUCUGAACCUCAUACAACAACUCCAUGUGAUGGUAUUGAGCUGAAGGAUUUACAAAAGGCAGCAGUUCCUGAUUCUGAACAAAGAAAUUCCCACAUUUCUGAUCAUAAGAAUAAAAUACAACAAAGAAAAGAAAACAAUAGGUGCAGCAGGAACAUCUAGUCAUAACUCAUUUGCACUAUGGUCUUUUGCUUGCAUGAUUAAUGUACCCCCAAUUCACUUUUUUGCUUGCAUAUUUAACAAACCCUAACUUCGUGUACAGUGCUGGACAAAAGUUUAAGGAACGUGUGAGCAGUGUAUUUUCUCCUCAGUGGGACACCCUAGCGGCGGGCGGAAGCAGGCAAGUUUACUGGUUCAGAGAGGUGGGCGAGUGCGCUGGUUGCGACGCACUGUGGUAGUUUUGGUAUCGCUUGAAUGUACUCGCGAAGUAGUUCGGAUUGGUGUCACUACCGACGCAAUCCUCUCCCCCUCUGAAUGAGCCUGCUUCCGCCUGCCGUUAGGGUGUCACACCAACGAGAAAGUACACUGUUCAUGUGUUCCGUAAACUUCUGUCGAGCACUGUACCACCCGUAUCACGUGGUGCCAGCCACAGCAGUGCGAGUGAGCAUCUGAGCCAUGCAUCUCUCGUAGAGAGAUGAAGAUGAGAGCUUGAAAAGAGCUGUGCCGGCCAACCAGUCAGAUGAAAGCAUUGGGUAUCAGAAGAGAAAAUGAUAAAUGAAGCCAUAUGUUUGGGUAACUGCAACAUUGACACAUUGUUCCUGGUACUUGCAAUCCCACUUGGUCCCUUGAUCGACAGAAGGUUUUCUUCUUCUUUUUCUCUCAUGCAUCUAAUCAGCGUCACUAGGGGGUGCGGUCCGCACCGGGAGACACGACUGGGGGGUGACGUGCUGCAGUAGAUCUCUUUCUCUUUGGCAACAUGAGGAUAGGCCACAUAGCAUGUAUCAAGUACCCUCUGGUAUUGAAAGGGAUCUACUAUAAUAGGGGGUGACGCAAACCGCUCCCGCACCGGGUGACGCAUACCCUAGUGACGCCACUGCAUCUAAUGCACCCCUCCAUGGCACUAUCAUUUUGGGUAAAAGGGUGUUGUGAUUAUGAAAGUGUGAAUACCCAUAUAAUUAGGCAGGACUGUACAGUCAUUACCAGGGGCAGAUACUAAUAGUAUUACGUCAUUGUGAACAACUUAACAACAAGGAACUGUGUUGUGAACAACAAGGUUUAACAGGCGACAAGCAUUGGACUAUAAACAAGAGCGAGUCGCUGUAGCACCUGUCAUUACUAGGUUCACCUGCACGUGCUUAUGAGACAUCCCAUGAUUUGCAUUUCUUUGCCUGUCUGCUUUCCUUGCUAAUCUACGUACAAAUCUGGUUAUCAAAGCUGCGGUGGGUUCAGUUGCAUACAGGGGUUUACCAGGCAUGAUAUCCUUUUACUUGCAAAAACUUCUCGUGCUGUCCUGUAACACACUCCCACAGAUACUUUUGUGCUACUGACCGAAGUAGUGAUGAGAAUCUUUCACAUUUCUUGUCAGUGUAUUUGGAACAAACAAUAUCCUUGUGCAUUAUUUAUUGCUUUUGCAAUACCUGUGACUGUGAUGUUCAUAUUCCUGCAAACUUAUUCAUCAUUUAGACUGUGCGGUAUGAUAAUUUUGGCAAAGGCAUGGAACUCCACAUUUGUGCUGUGUGCCCCAAGUGGGUCAUAUGAUCAUGCAUAUUUUAUUUUUUUGUGAACAAAUCCAUGAGACAUACAUAAGGAAAUAUAGUAAAUAAAGUAAUGAUACAUCAUGUGUAGUAAUGAGCCUGCUCAUAGUGACUUCACACUCCUGCAUAAAGAAGUCAUGAGAACCUGACUCAGGCAAAUUCAUCUGGUGCAAGAAACUUCAGCUGCAGGCCAAAAUCUAUGUAUGGUUCAAGCUCCAAAAAAUGAGAAAAGGUGAGGGAUAGCCAACCUGUAUUUGAACCAGCAAUCUUGGAUUGUCAUCACUAACCUGCCUGUGUACUCACUGUCUCAUCAAAGUUCAUGUUUCCUCUUAUGGGUGACACAUCUUCCCUACACAACUGCUAUGAAUUAUGUGCCUUUGAUCUCUUUAUAUAUAUAUAUUGUACCAAGUUACAAUAAUACUAAAGUCACCUGUUUGUGCCUUAUGACUCAAUGGAGUCAAAGCACAACCUACAAGAACUGCAUUAAAGCUGCAUGAUGUGAAAAUAAAAUUAAAUGAAAAGCAGUAUUGAACAUUAAUCAUUGUAAUUUUGGCUCUGAAGACUUUGACAAUUCUAUUUUUGCAAACUACAAAAGAAAAUAUCCAUGCUGGCAGGUGUGUGUUUCUGGAGCAAAUCACCUGUGUAGAACUUAGAUGAGUGCUGUUUUGUGCUUUUGAAAUAGAUGAUUUCAGAAAAUCCCAGUGCUCCUUGCACAUGCGUUGCAUCCUUGGAGAUUACUGGAAAGAGGAAGGGAGAACUGUGUUUCACGUUUUGUUUUCGCUGACCUUGGCUCCUCGUGGACAAUCAGCCGAGAAAGAAGCGACCGAAACGAUUUGGAGCUCCUCCUUUGUUACCAGCAAGUUCCCAUAGUUCAAAGCGGCGCUAAGCUCUCUGGGAUUUUCUGAAGUCUUCUAUUUCAACCUCUGACAUGAACCAAGGGUAUCCCAACAGCAAAUAUGUAUGCCCAUGCUAUGAAAUCCUUACCUCUUUCGCUUGUCCCUGUACACAAUAAAUUUAUCCACAAUGUAUAUGUGAGAAAAAUGUCAUGCUGGUAUAAAUUUCUCAUGUUAUGUCAA